AUGAUAGUAGGUCCCCAAUCUCCUUUGACUCCAAAACGUCCUGCAUCAGAUGAUUUAACGGAAUUGCUUGAUGAUACACCACGUCGUAAAUUAAUAAAAACGAAUCAACAUAAGGAGAAUAAUACAACAUCUUCUAUAACGAAUGAACUUGAACUUGCUCUAGUUCCUUCAAUGAAUAAUGAAGAAGGUGAUCAAGAAUUUUCACCAUUAACUCAACAAACACAAAAAAUAUCAACAUUCGAUGACGAUUUAGCACGAAAAGUUGAGCAAUGUUUUCGUGAUCAUACUAAAGAACAACAAACUGAUGCUGAAAUAAUGCAAAUCGAUGAAUCAAAUCAAACAAAUAAUCAGCAUAAUAAUAGGCGAAAAUCUUCUACACGUCGUCGUUCUCGUUUUCGAUUUUCAUUUUCAACAAAUCAUAAUUCAUCUGAACAAGAAGAAGAAGAUGAAAUAAAUUCCAAAAGAAAAUCUCGUUUAUUUCGAACGCAUUCAGCUUCGAUAAUAAAUCAUGAAAAUGAAAAUAAUAUUGAUUCAUCACGACGACGAAAAUCUUAUAGUACUACUGGAUUAGCAAAUGAACUUAAAAAUAUUCCUAAUAAUAAUAAUAACAAUGAACAAACAACAAAUGUUGAUAAAAAAUCAACAAAAACAAAAUCAUCAUUAGCUAAUCGUGUGAAACGAGCGUUUUUCCGUCCACAUCGUAGUCCAGUAACAUCGUCAUAA